UGAUGGUCUCCUGGUAAUUGAAAUUCCAAACCAUGGCAAGCUGAUCCUUUUGACAUGGAAAAACUAGAGGACUUUAAGGUAUGUGUUGAUCAGAAUGAUGUUGAUCUUGACAGUGAACCAUGCUUAUUGGUGAAAGAUACAAGUUAUACAUGUUUGAAACAUAGUUGGAAGCCUCUCCUAAUUGGAGACCAUAUUUGGACGAUUUUUGCUCCUAAUGUUGUUUUGUCCCUGAUGUUAAAGUUGGUUAAUUUCAUUCUUCUGUUGCUUUGCCUCACUCAAUUGGAGAUCAUUUGGGACCUUUCUUCCGAUGGGGUGGUUGCAUGAUAAAUAUAUGUCCUUUGAAAUGGUGUUGUGUUCAC